GACGUCGGACUACUUCCGGGAUUCCGGUGUCGGCCUAGCAGCAGGCGAGCUAACUAGUUUGCUAGCGGCUAACUCAAGGAGGACCGUAACGACCAACACCCUACAGACAAGACAGCUCGAAUGUGCGAUAUUAGGGCCUUCCAACAGCUUACCAACAGAGCCAGUGGUUGACAGAGGACGAAUUGAAUGAAAGGAUUAAGAUGCAUCCGACGACAUAACACCACAGCUGUACAUGGCUUUGUUCAGGAGAUGCAAAAUGGGAAAUGAGGUCUAUCUGCAGAGAAUUCGGAGGUGGGAGAGGUCUCUUCACACAGACCUGGCCUACCUUGGAGACACCUCAGUGACGUACACAGGGCUUCUGUUUGGAAUGAGUUGAUUUUAUCCUUACAAGAACUGAGGGGAGGGGUCUCAAAAGCUCAAGAGGACUCUGCUUUGCUAUUCGAGCUACUUGUAAAGGCAAGGCUUGACAUCAUUUUGAAUACCUUUUGGCAGAUUUUUUCAAAAAGGAAAAUCCAGCUGGACUUUUUUUGUUUGAUGUAAAAGCAGCUUCACGUAACCGGCUCAAAAAUGAAAUGUGUUGGUUCAGUUGUUUUCCCCUGCUGACUUCGUUUGUAACGCUGGACUUGUCCCUCCUGCCGCCAUCCUUAGUUUCUUCCACCCACCCAGUGCCUAAAUAAGCCCUCUCGGGACAAUCACAGAAGUCAUCAGCAGCUGCUGCACUCAAUCCUCUGCCUGUUCUCCUCUAUGUGCUUCUGCUGUGAGCCUGCUGGCUUUCCACCCACUACCUCUUUAAUUUUCCUGUCUUUUCUUUUUAAAUACAUUUUCUCUGAGAGGCAAAAUCAGAAGUCGAGCACAGGGAUAAGCAUUUAUGUUAACACUUGAGUUAAAUGAACAGAGACAAACCUUAAAUGCUCAAGUUCUAGCUGAGUGUGCAAGUGUCUGUGCUUUAGUCUAUGUAAUGGUUGCACUGGUGCCAGGACACUUUUUAAGAUCUGUUUUAUUCAAAUUUUUGCACCAAAUACGGUUACAAUAAGCCAUAAAGAAUAUUUAUGAAUUACCUACACAUAUUUUUGUAUCACAUUGCUUUUGUAUGUUUUUGGUUUUACUAAGCCUCUCCUACAAAUAUGCACACAAAUUGAGUAUUUUCAACCUGUACACAUGCAAGAAGAGCUGUAUAUUGCUAUAUUAGAAAAGAAUCAUCUGGUUUUGAGUGAUUGUACUAGUGCAGUGAGACAUUCAGUGACUAAACACAGAGAAUCCCUCAUGUUGCUGCUGAAUCACUGCUUUGCAUAGUGUUGGUUUUCUUUUCCAGUCUGCAGUCAUGGCCCCUCCUAGAAAUCAACAUACUCUCCAUUUUGACCUGUAGAGCACCCAUAACACUAGGUAGAGUGUAGACAUCUACCUCCCUCUCUCUGUCUUCCUCCCCCCUCUCUCAGUCUCUGAUGCCAGGCUUCAGUGGUGGGGGGGUUGGGGGAGGAGUAGGUGGCCCUGCUUCUGCUCCUCCCCGUCCAUUUCGACCUAGCAGAUAUGUCCCCGUGUCUGCAGCCACCACCUUCUUGGUCGGAUCCACAACCCUUUUCUUCUGCUUCACGUGCCCAUGGUUGACAGAUUAUUUCUCCUUUGUCAUUCCAAUUUACAUUGCUGUGAUCUUCCUCUUCACCCUUGCCAACUUCUGCAUGGCCACCUUUAUGGACCCUGGAGUCUUCCCCAGAGCGGAGGAGGAUGAGGAUAAGGAGGACGAUUUCCGCGCUCCCCUGUACAAGACGGUGGAGAUCAAAGGCAUCCAGGUGCGCAUGAAGUGGUGUUCAACCUGCCGCUUCUACCGUCCGCCACGCUGCUCGCACUGUUCGGUCUGCGACAACUGUGUGGAGGAUUUUGACCAUCACUGUCCAUGGGUGAACAAUUGCAUCGGUCGAAGGAAUUAUCGCCAUUUCUUCCUCUUCCUGCUCUCACUGACCACUCACAUCAUAAACAUAUUUGGCUUUGGCCUUGUGUAUGUCCUGCACCACCGUCAGCAGCUGGACACGCCACAUGCUGCUGUAACUAUGGCUGUAAUGUGUGUGGCUGGUCUGUUUUUUGUCCCAGUUGCUGGCCUGACUGGGUUCCACAUGGUGUUAGUGGCCCGGGGUAGGACCACAAAUGAACAGGUGACAGGGAAGUUUAGGGGCGGGGUGAACCCUUUCACCAACGGCUGCAUGAAGAAUAUUUCACAUGUGCUGUGCAGCUCCCAGGCCCCCAGAUACAUGGGGCGAUUGCGGAGCCCCCAGGCAGUAGAAGUACAGCCACCAUUUCUAAGACCGGCUCUUACUGAGGCACAGCUUGAAGCGAAAGUCCUGGAUAACGGCAUCCAGAAUGACAGACACAGCACUAGGUCCAAGAGCAGUCUAGAUCAGAUGGAGAGCCAGUCAGCUGAUGCAGAGCCUCCACCUCCUCCAAAGCCAGAGCUUCGGUACCCUGGCCUCCCUCGUGCUGACACAGAGGAGAGCAGCUUGCUGACUGAAGCUCCAGCCACACCGUCAAUGUACAAAUACAGACCUCCUUACAGUAGCCCAGGAAGGAACCACGCUGCGCUCUCACACCCAAACAAGAUGAUCCGUGGGGAGAGCCUGGACUCUCCAUCUCCCUCCAUUCUUCAGUCCAGCCGCCAACCCAGCUACCGCUCGGAGCCGAGCAGCCUGGACGGGGCCACAGUAGUUGGAGGAGGUGUAGGGGUGCGCAGAGGGGGAGGGGAGAGGGGUGAGGGCCCCGGGGGCCCUGGCGGGACUGCUGGGGGGAUGUCAGGGGGCAUGUCUGGUCACUCCCUGACUGGGCGCUCCUACACCUCCUACCCAUCCUCUCUGGUUCUGUCCACUGGCGGCUCUCGCUCCUCCAGUCUGCGCUCAGCGCACACAGCACAUAACCCACUGGCCACGCUCCAAUCAGAGGGCACCACAGACACCAGCUACAAAAGCCUGGCCAAUCAGACGCCUCGGAAUGGCAGCUUGUCCUAUGACAGCCUGCUGACUCCUUCCGAGAGCCCAGAGUUUGAGUCGGCUGCCCAUGAGUUGUCGCCUCAGAAACCUCGAGUUCUGUUUCCCUCAGUGACUUUAAUAGGCCAGCCUGAGGUGGUGUCACCCAGUAGCUCACUGCAGGGCUACACGUCGCCCUUCCUCUCAGCUCAGAUUGCCCAGCAGAGGGAGGGGCAGCUUCUCCAGGGCUCUGCCACUUUCUCCUCCCCCCACAGGGCCUACCUUCGUGCCGUCAGCCCACCCCCUCUCUCCUCCUCCGGGCCUCCCGAGAUACAGCACCUGCUCCAUCAUAACCACGACCCUUCUUCCCGAGUCCCUCGAAACCCUUCCUCCUCAUCCUCUUCCCCUGGGGCUCGCUCACUAGAGCCUCCUGUCUCCCCGCCACCCCGUGGGCUCUCCCUCGGGAAGUCUCAGUCUUACACUGGGGAGGCAGGGCCUCAGCACAAGCCUCGGCCCACAGGAGGAGGCACUGUGCUGGGAGGGGGGGGAGCCGGGGGAGGGCAACAGGCUCCACAAUCCGCCUCUCGCCCAGUCUUGGCCAAUCACACCUCAUCCAGACCAGGGGGCGGGGUGAAGAAGGUAACAGGCGUCGGAGGGACCACUUACGAGAUAUCGGUUUGAGUGACAGACAUCCUUCAUGGUCUAUCACAAGGAGGAGGAGAACAAGUCUCUGGACUGCUUCCACUUACCUGAGCUGGAUAUUAUUCACGACUGCAGGACCCUGAGAAACAACUCUUUCCGCAGCAAUGGACUCCAGGAGCAGGAGCAGGCCCAUGCGGUACUCACUUUGUUAUCUUUGUAAGCUUCUGGCCACUCUUCUCUGCUAGCUUUUCAGAUUUGAACAAAGAGUAAAAAAAGGGACUACGGUUUAUUUUUCAAGGAUCAAUUUGUCUCCAUUCAGCCACUUUGUGAGCCAUAGACUGAUGUGACUGUAUCAUUACAGGGUACAGAUAUGUCAAUCCAACAUGCAUAGCUCUCCAAUGGGUUGCUGUUUUACUUUGGUACAUAGCACACAGAGUGUUGAUCGCUGUGUUUGACACCUUCAAGGAAAAUACGGUCUUUAUCCCGUUGGUUUGGAGUUUUAGAGUGGAUUCAGGACUGUUGACCAAUAGAAACGUCUUCUUCUGUACUGUCUGAACGGACCACAUGACCUGUUUAUGGAUAAGAAUCAUUGAGAGAAGAGCCCGACCUAUAAACACAGUAUCGUUUUAGUUUUAUAAAUCUUUUUUUAAAAUGUUGUUUUAUAUAAAUGUAUUAAAUCUUACAGAUUAUUACUGGGUCAUAUUGUCAGGUAUUGAAGGUGAAUAUUGAUGAGGGUGGCAGAUGUACUGUGUGUAAUUAUUCAUGAAAGCGAUUUCAAAUCAGUUGCCUGUUUGUAUUAAAUGGCUGCAUCAGCCACUCAUAAGCUCUUGCUGGAGUUAACAUCAUCCAAAGAGAAAGACAGUCCUUUAGUGGACAGCUUAAGUGGCAAAAUAAUUGAGCUUAACUUUUGAAAGCCACAAAGAAAUUUCUGAAUUGAGAUUUCAGCACAAACAUCUUUGUGGAAUGUACGCUUAUAAUGUUAAAGCUAGAGACAUUAUGCAAAAUCUAUUUGUAGCUUUAAGAUCAUCGUUUGUCUUGUUGGUGUUAUUAUUUUUCUUCUUUUCUUCGAUGUUUUGUCUCAGUCAGUCAAGAUGCUAGCAGAACCUCAUACCUUUAACACAUGGCCAGCCAAAUAGGGGCAGCGAGGGAAGGGCUUAUUUAUUUCACAAAGACAAGAAAACUUUGUAGUUUUAGACACUAUUUUAAAAAACAGUCUCUACCAGUUUAUUUUUGACAAAAAAAGGAACUAUGAAUAUUUUUUUGAAAAUGCUUUAAAAGAAAUUGUAAAAGCGACAUGCCACUGAAUAGAUUCUUGAAGAGGGACUAGUUUGCAAUGGAGAUUGUUUUUCUUUUGCCUUGAAAACAUUCAGAGUGGAGCAAGCACAUUUUAAUUUUUAUUAAUUUUUGUUUUUUUUUACAUUUUUCAAAGGAAAAAAAAUCUUGAUUUACUUGCUCAUUUUAGAGAAACUUCUGUAAAGGUACACAAAUAGCCACUUUGAGAGAGUACUAUUAAGAGGAAUGGAGGUGUGUAUGCAUAUUUGUGUCUUUGAGGAUUGGGCAUUACAGUCAAGCUUUUUUAUUUAUUUUAUUUUUUUACUAUCAAAGCCCACAGUGGUGUUUGCAGUAGAAUGUUUAGGCUGGCUGAAUGUAGCACGUCUUUGGGAGAAAGUACACGCUUGAAGCACACAAGUAUCAACAUUCAACCCAAACGACUGUGUUACAAUUUUUCAACCCUUCCAGGCUUUUGUCUUCGGUGUGCAUGUGAUAUUGUUUGUCAUGCUGAAUGCUUCACUGGCUAGAAUACUUGAGAGAAAAUUGUGGGUGGCAAAAAAGAAAAGAAGCAUCAUUCAUGGCACAAGCGGCCAUCGUACGGAGAUAAAGAGAACCUGUGUUACUUUGCUUCCUGCUCUGGCCAAGAAUGGUGGCCGGUGAACAAUCUGAUCUUUUCAGUAUAGUAGGUAUACUUCUGUGUGAGAUAAAAUAUUGCUAUUGUGGGCUGUGAUGAAUGGAACGAGUUUAACAAAUAUCUGUAAUGAGUACAUAAAGACAUUUCCAAAAUGGCCUUAUAAAGAAUUUUUAAAAAGAUGUCCUCUCAGAAUAAAAAGGUCAAACUGAUAAA